UUGGCGUUUUUUAUUUCUUUGGUGUUAACAUUGCUUCUUCGUUUAUCAGUUUAUUAUGUGCACUUGUGGGAAAAUAAUCCCAACGGCUGCCAUAUUCCUUCGGCUGCGUGAUUGAUUUUAAAGAAUAUGCAGCGGUUGCUGCCUAAAGACCCGCGUGCUGAUGGCAAGAACGGAGGAUCAUCUCAGCCACCAGCGAGCAUUCCGUCCGUUGGCUUGCCCACGUUCAUCUUGGUGCCCAUCGCGCCUGUUCUGCACUCCGAAGAACGCAGCAACGUGCUCGCGGAGGUUGCAGGCAAGAAGCGCCGUUGUCAGACGGAAGUUGGCAACGGCCGAACAAAGCUGGCGAGGAGAGAUCCGUCGGAAGGUGGAGCUUCAUCAGGAGCGGACGAAAAUUGCUCAGAUCCCAAGCAAUGUCGACGCUGUGAGGAUGGGAAUGAUGAGCCGUGUGUGUUGCAUUCGCGGUUGAUCAGCGAUACUCCGACGGUAGCCCGAGCGUACGGUAGCCUGCCUUCGGAGCUCUACAUCGCGCAGAAGGAAGGGAUGCUCGACCCGGGUGUCUUCGCCAAGCGCGCCAUCCCCCACCCGAGCGUCUUCGGCCCGCUACUGGCCCCCCUCACGCCCCACCCCGUGGCCACCUUCUUAGUCGACCACCGCUUCGGACUGCGCGAGAAGAAGGGAUCCCGCGGAGAAAAUGCAUUUGUGCGGGUGUUCGACCUGAAGAGCGACGAUCUGUGCAACUGGAUCAAGUUCGUCCGCGAGGCCGUCGACGCGGAACAGCAGAACCUCGUCGCCUUCCAACAGGACGACCACGUCUACCUGGCCACCACUAAACACAUCCCCGCCGAGACCGAACUCUGCUUCUGGUACUCCACAAAAUACUGCCGACUCCUCAAUAAGGAGAAUCUUUCGCCGGAAUCGUUUAUCGCCGAAUUGUCGGAAAAUUGUGAGAAUGAAGCUGAACUAUCCAGUCGACUAGAGAAUCCAGCCCCUGCUGUUGUCGAUGAACUGGUUCCAUCCCCGUCAGCGGAAACGGAAGGGGUGUCGGUAAACGAUGAAAACACCGGCUGUAGACCACUGGCUGCAGCGUCCACAGCGGUCAUUCAAUUUCCUCCAUUGUUACAGCACUGGGACUGGUCAGCGGCAACGUCGAGAAACUGUCCUUCAGCGGAAAUAGUACGGGUACAAAUAGGCUAA